AUGCCCACUCAGGGGCCCCCGAAGAGGCUUCUGGGUUCUCUCAACUCCACUUCCAUCACCACCCCUCACCUCGGACUGGCCACCAACCAGACAGGGUCUUGGUGCCUGCAUGUGUCUAUCCCAGAUGGCCUCUUCCUCAGCCUGGGGCUGGUGAGCCUGGUGGAGAACGUGUUGGUUGUGGUAGCCAUCACCAAAAACCGCAACCUGCACUCGCCCAUGUAUUACUUCAUCUGCUGUCUGGCCCUGUCUGACCUGAUGGUGAGCGUGAGCAUUGUGCUGGAGACCACUAUCAUCCUGCUGCUGGAGGCAGGCAUCCUGGUGGCCCGCGCGGCUCUGGUGCAGCAGCUGGACAACGUCAUCGACGUGCUCAUCUGUGGCUCCAUGGUGUCCAGUCUCUGCUUCCUGGGUGUCAUCGCCAUAGACCGCUACAUCUCCAUCUUCUAUGCGCUGCGUUACCACAGCAUUGUGACACUGUCCCGGGCACGAAGGGCCGUCGUGGGCAUCUGGGUGGUCAGCAUUGUCUCCAGCACCCUCUUCAUCACCUACUACAAACACACGGCCGUCCUGCUCUGCCUCGUCACUUUCUUCCUAGCCAUGCUGGCACUCAUGGCAAUUCUGUAUGUCCACAUGCUCUCUCGAGCGUGCCAGCAUGCUCAGGGCAUUGCCCAGCUCCACAAAAGGCGGCACUCCAUCCGACAAGGCUUCUGUCUGAAGGGCGCCGCCACCCUUACUAUCCUUCUGGGGAUUUUCUUCCUGUGCUGGGGCCCUUUCUUCCUGCACCUCUCACUCAUCGUUCUCUGCCCUCAGCACCCCACCUGCAGCUGCAUCUUCAAGAACUUCAACCUCUUCCUCAUCCUCAUUAUCCUCAGCUCCAUCGUCGACCCCCUCAUCUACGCUUUUCGAAGCCAGGAGCUCCGCAUGACACUCAAGGAGGUGCUGCUGUGCUCGUGGUGA